AUGUCGUCGUACGAUAACGUGGCGAUGAUGAGCGACGGAUUCGAGCAGCACUGGAGCGUGAACGACACCGAGGCGACGAUUCGCAUUGCCGCGAAGGCUCAGACUGCCGGAUGGCUCGCUAUAGGCCUCUCCGAAGUUGGCACGAUGGUGGGAUGCGAUGCCCUCGUCGCAUGGUUCGCUGAAGGGCGCGUGUAUGCAACGGAUCGGUUUAUCUUCAACAAGACAGUGGAAGGAGUCGCAUUGGAUGACCAGCAAGACUGGCGCGUGCUGGGCGGAAUCAAAACCACCGAGCAAUCCACAGGAGACACGUGGACCACCAUGCAUGUAUGGCGCCAGCUGGACACCGGCGACUGCAACGACCGCCCCAUCGUCGCCGGGCGACAGCACAACCUCAUCUGGGCGAUGGGCGAAACCAACGAUUUUGUUUACUACGGGACGUCAUCUCGUGGCUCACUGUCACUUGUGCUGGUCCCCGCGCCCGCCCCCUCCAUCCUUGCGCCCCCGUCCCCCCCUUCCGUGUCCUCCGCGUCCGCUGAAGCAAGCAGCCAGUACGCCGCGGAUCUUGGGCAGGCCAACGGGCAGUUGAAGGUGCAGCAGCUGAACUGGACUCUGAGCAACUUCGCGGUGCCUGCUAGUAACGCCACGACUUACGUGUGCAAGGUGUUUGACGUGCCAGCCACCAGCAAGGUACACAUAGUGGAGUUUGGAGCUCUCCUCAACUCCACCUAUACGCCCUCCGUGCAUCACGGAGUCAUCUAUGGCUGCUCCCAGGCGGAAUAUCCCAAUGUUGCCAACGCUACCGGCACCUUUGACUGUAUCAGCGGCCUCCCCUGUCACACAACUGUUGCCAUGUGGGCCAUGGGCGGGCGCCCCUUUGUCGACCCCGAUGGGGUUGGCUACCCUGUGGGUCGCGGUUACUUCACCAAAUUCGUGCUGCAGCUUCCACUCGCUAGAUGCAUUUCAACAACCCUGAUCUCCGCUCCAACAUCGUCGACAGCUCCGGCUUCUACUUCAAAAUCGCCAACCCUCCUCGCGCCACCGACGCAGGCAUCAUGCUCAUCCGCAUUCCCCCCAGAAUGCCCUCCUGGACUCAAACCAGCACGUGCCCCAGCGCGUGCACGGCUGCUCAAUACCAACUGGCAGCAGGUGCAGCCCAUCUACCCGCAAUUCCAGCUGCUACCAGGGGACGAGCUCAAGACCACGUGCGUGUGGGACUCCUCCUCCCGCUCCCAGGUGACACCUGGCGGCCCAGCAACCAGUGAUGAGAUGUGUGUGGGUUACCUCAUUUACUAUCCAGCCAGGCCGGCUCAAGUGCUUGGUUCGUGCUCUGACUUCUGUGCGGCGUGGGACAGCGUCAACAACACGUUUGAUAUGAACCCCAAGAGCCCCAACCUCACCACAUUCUACCUGUGUGGUGGCCUCAACAACCCCUACAUUCCCACCUCAAAGAAAUGCAGCAUGAGGCACGGUGCCAACGUGCCUUUUAAAGUGCUUACUGGCUGCCCUGCUAAGACUGCAGGCUCUUUGGCUGUGCUCUCAAGCAGCAACAUUUCAGUCGCAAUGUCCUCACCCACUAACACCACUGCACCACCACCUCCAACCAGCCCUUCCAAAAACUCAACGUGA